AUGCGAGAUGGAUGCCCAAAAGCUGAAGAUAUUCUUCACGUGUUACGUGAUCGUGUGGCGUUAUUACCUGGUACAAGAGAUAGGAGUGGUCGAGCCGUGAUUAUCUUUCCAGCUCGUGAAAAUACUACAUCGAUCAAUUCCGAUUACAUCAGGAAUAUACUUAUUUAUCUUCAUGCUGUUACAGCAGAUGAUUACAAGGAUCGUGGAUUCACGAUCAUUAUCGAUAUGAGGAAAGGCACGACAUGGAAUAAUGUUAAACCUAUUCUCAAAUCUAUACAGGAACAUUUUCCGGCAGAAGUGCAUGCUGUUUUGAUCAUUAAACCGGAUAAGUUUUGGGAGAAGCACAAAACAUCGGUGUCAAGUGGGAAGUAUAAAUUUGAUAUUCAAAUGAUUUCGGUUGAAGGACUUACGCGAUUUGUCGAUUCAUCGCAAUUAACGCGUGAUUUAGGUGGUUCACUAUUUUAUGAUCACGAUGAAUGGCUUGAAACAAGAAUGGAAUUGGAAAGGUUGAUUUGGCAAACAAUUGAGGUUAUGCAUAAUUUUGAAACCUUUCGUGAAGAAAUGAAAAAUGGUGAAAUGCCAAUUGAUGUUGCUACGGCCGAGCGUGCUACAGCAGCACAUGUUUUGUUGAAGAAGAAAAUCUUAGGUGCACCAAUUGAACGGAUUCAACACGAUGUCGAACGAGUGCAACAGAGGAUAUCAGGUUCUGCUGACGGAGUACCGGAUGGUAGUUAUAAUUCAUCAAAUGCACUGCUAACAACUAAUCCAGAUCUUGCCGCUGCCCUUCCCCAUCUUUCAUCUCUUGUUAAUUCGUUGCGUACCUCAAAGGAUGAAAUUUUUGUACAAUGGGAAACGCGUCGGCAGAAGUUAGAUCAUUGCUAUCAACUGAAACUUUUUGAACAAGAUGCAGACAAAAUGUUCGAUUGGAUUCGCAGUCAUUAUGCUUUAUCAACACAACGACUUCUUGAAAUCGGUGAUUCUGAACAAUCAACUUCAAUGUUACUCACAGAACAUCUUGACUUCAUUGCAGCAGCCAAUAAUACCGAAGUUAAUGUAUCACAUGUGACGACAGUUGCCAAGCGUCUGCGCGAAAUUGGAAAUUAUGGAAAAGUACAAAUUGAAAAUGUAGCAAUGCAUUUGGAUGACGAAUGGCGACGAUUCAAACAAAUCAAUGAGCAGCGUUCUCGUCUUCUUGAUUUGGCGCUUUCUUUUCAUCGCAAAAGCCAUAUUUAUUUAUCAAAUACGCCAUCGUGGUUGCAUAGCAUUACAAUGGAUAAUGGUAGACGGAUGAGCCAAUAUUCUGGUGAUGAACUGGAGGCAGCAAUCGCCGAACAUGAACGUUUUGGAGAAAUGUUCUUGCAAACAUAUGCUGAGGCUGUUGGUGAUGGCCGUUCUUUAACACAAAUUUUGAAGACGUUAGCAGGCGAUGCAGUUGGCCAGAAUAAUGCAUACAAACAUGUUGUUGAUUUGAUUCAACAAAUAACUCGAGCGCAUAAAGAAUUACAUUCUCAGUGGCAGGCUAAAAAGCUACGUUUACAUUCCAGGCUUGCACUGAUUGCUUUUGAAACAGAUACUCAUAGGGUUCUUCAAUGGUUGGAAGAACACGGUGAUGCAUACUUGAAUAAAAAUACUGCUAUUGGUAAUAAUUUAUCGCAAGCGAAAAUUUUACAAAGAAAUCACAGUCAUUUUCGAUCGGUAGCCUCUAAUACUUACUCAAAUGCGGAGAAAUUAUUUACCGCAUCCAAUACUAUCAUUGAAUCUGGUGAAUGCGAUGUACAGCAAAUGAGUGUUGUGGUGGAAGAGUUGAGAAGGCGAAUUGAAGCUUUUUCUGCUAGAGUCGAAGCACGACGAGAUUUGCUGAAUAAGUCAGUUCUGUUCCACACACAUUAUAAUGAAAUUACGGAAUGGUAUGGACGGAUGGAGGUGAAGAGUAGCCAGUAUGACUUUGUUUCUACAAAUGUUCACGAAGGUGAACGUCGUAAAGAAGAAUGGAUGAUUGAAAGUGAUGCCACGGCGCAGGCAUAUGCGACUACAGUGGGCGAAGGAAAUCAACUGCUUAGGGCGUUGGAGCAGCAAGCUAAGAUAAUGAACAUCGAUAAUCGUGAUACUGUUGCUGUCAUCGAGCGUUUGAUCAAUGAUAUUGAGCAGCGGCAUGCAAAACUAGCUGAUCGUUGGCCACAUCAAAGAAGAUCUCUUCAGCUAGGUGUAAAAUUUGCAGCUUUUAUCAAAGAUUGCAAGCAGAUUAUUCAACAGCUUAAGAACUGGCGAGAGGACAUGGUGGCUUUGGUGAAAUCUAAUAAUUUCGCUGAGCGUGCAGAACAUAUCCUCCCAUAUCAAGAUGAUAAUACUACCCAGGUCAAAAAUGCCGUCACCGGAGUUAAAAAUAAUGCUGCUGAGCUGCUGCAGGCUCUACGAGACAACGAAUCUACACUUGUUAAUACGGAGGGUAUAUUGGCCACCGAUGUGAUCAUUACUAGCUUACAACAGUUGACUGACUGUCAACGCGAAGUAAUGCAGGUAGCUCAAGAGACGCAUCAUCGAAUUGAGCAAUGUAUGCAGUUCAAUCGUGCACGCGCAAUGGCGGCAGUUGCAAUACAAAAAAUGCAGUACGAGGAGACAAAAUUGCUUCAUAUGAACACAAUUCCAACUUCGUUAGAAGAAGCUUUAGCUGCUCAAGCUGCUCAUAAACAAUUCCAACAUGCUGUCGAGAGUAUCAGUCGUACAACAAGUGCAUUUUUGAAUAAAACCGACCAACUGAUUAGUAGUGGUGGUGUUGAUGUCCGUUCUGUGGAUGAUUUGAAUGAAGAAGUAUUAAAUCGCUGGAGACGAUUAGUUGGUGUUACGGAAGAAAGGAAUAAAUUAAUUAAGGCCGGUGUUGUGUGCUACAAAACGUUGCAUCAGGGAGUCAUGCCAAUUUUGGAUCAACUCGAGAAAGAAUACAGUAUGAGUUCGAAAGAUUGGUGCCAAGUUAGAAACGGAGAAGAUGCUAAGGAUCGAGCGCAUCAUAUGUCAAGCUUACUAUCGAAACAUAUGGAAUAUAAGGAGAGAUUUUUGAAGGGUUGUUCUUAUGGACAGAAAACAUCAGAGAUGUUCCUGAAAUAUAUUCGACGUUGUGAGGCAUCAACAGAACAUAUAAGAUUGCAUGAAACACGCCUCCUGGCUCUUAAGGAAAAUCUACGUAAACGACAAAUGAAAAUUCUGGAUUUGUGGAUGCGGAAAAAGCAACAGCUUGAUCGAUGUCAUGAAGCGUGUCUUCUUGAAGCCACAGCAAUUGAGAAUGCUGAGUGGAUAGCUGUUGAAGGCGAAGCAUUUUUAAAACAGUGCUUGGAAAGACGAUUAAACGUGGCAGAUCGAGGAACUCUGGAAGCAUACAUGGAUGAAUACAUGACUUUUAAAGCUGAAGCAAAGCAAAAAAGGUUAAAAGUUCGAAUGAUGCUUGAACUAGCUGAGAAAUUCUUAUCCACGCUAGAUCAUCACUGUAGUGCUAUCGAACGAAAAAUGUUUGAUGUACGAUCAAGCUAUGAACAUUUUUCCAUACGUCUUGCCGACUAUGAAAAUUUACUUUAUGGAGCACUCGGACAAAAACUGGAUGUGAACAAAGCGAAGGAUGAAUUUUCUUUGGAUAGAAAAAGUGAUUCGAAUAUUGAAGCAAAAAUUGAGGUGGAACGACUAGCUAAUGAAGAAAAACGUAAAAUGAGAGAACCAAUGAUGGAGUUAAUCAAAUCUGAAAAAGAUUAUAUUGAAGAUUUGCAUAAAUGUAUUAAAUAUUAUCUAAGUGCGUUUCGUGCAGCAAAAGAUUCACUGCCUGUAGCAAUUCGAGAUAAAGAGAAAGAAAUCUUCAGCAAUAUUGAGCAACUUUAUAAAUUUCAUAACGAAGUCUUCUUACCAGAAUUGAUCAAGCACGAAAAUGAUCCAGAAGAUGUGGGGUAUUGUUUCAUAUUUUCCGUUGAAAUGCUAAGUAGUUUAUAUACGGAAUACUGUGUUAACAAAGAACAAAAUAAUUAUAUUAUUGCAUUACCGGAAGCUAUGCAGUUCUUUUCGGAAGUUCGUGAAAGAAAUGGUUUGGAACACAGUCAAGAUCUGUCAUCUUUAGUAAUCAAACCUGUUCAGCGAAUUACACGAUAUCGUUUAAUGCUCGAACAGCUACUCAAAAAUUGCAAGAAUAACGUUGAUGAAAUCAGGGCAUGUAUUUUGACCUUUGAAUACUCGGAGGCUUAUGAUGUGGUUGUUAGCGUACCGCGACGGGCGAAUGAUCUUAUGCAUCUCGGCAAUUUUGAAAAUUAUAAAAAACUCGGUGUUCUUGGUGAUUUUGUGAUGCAGGAAUCAUUUCUAGUUUGGGAUCCGAAAGCUUAUUUUAAGAAGGGUCGAGAAAGACAAGUCUUCCUGUUUGAACUGUGCGUUGUAUUUGCAAAGAAAACGGAAUUAUCAAGUCGUGCAGUCAAAUAUACCUAUAAAACUCAUCUAAUGGCAAGUGUUUUCAUGUUUGGAAAAAGAACAGAUCGAUACUUUAUAUUGAAGUUGGCUGAGAUCAAUGUUUGUGAACACGUGGAAGGUGAUUCGAGCAAGUUUGCUUUGCGUCAAGGAAAUGAGCCAAAUACAGAAAUGCGUACAGAGCUGAAAGCAGCCAAUGAGCAAUGCAAAGUGCAUUGGGUGAAGAAGAUUCGAGAGUUGAUGCAAGGACUAAUGACUGCUCAUUUCGAUAUGAGACAGGUACCUGCUCGAAAUGCUAGUGCUACAACCACAACAUCAGUAUCAGAUAGAACAUCGAAAGAUAGUGAUAGUUUGCCGACAAGUAACGAGGAUAGAAAUUCGUUGCGUAGUUGCACUUCCUCAAGCAGUAAUCACAAUUUAGAGGUCUGA